AUAAUAAUUCAAACUGGAGAGGAGGCAGGCUGCUGUGAUGUGUUAAUCAUCAUCCGAACCAUGUUAAUACUAUAGCGUAUGUGUUUCCCAUUUGGAUGAUUUCAGUGAAUUGAUUUGUCACAAAUUCGGAGGGAAACAGAGUAGCCUAGCACUUCUCACUCAGCUGCCUGCGGGUGGGUGAGGGCUGGCUUAGGGCUGACUGUCUGUCCCUCACUCCAAUUGGAUAAGGCCAAACCGGCCCGGUGGCCAAUCGGUGCCUCUUGUGGCGAGGUAUAAGUAAGACUCUCGAGGUGGCCAGAGGCUUAUUCAGACUUUCUGUGACAUACUGAAGCUACCAAUAUGAGCGGAAGAGGCAAAACCGGAGGCAAGGCCAGGGCGAAGGCAAAGACACGUUCAUCCCGUGCAGGACUCCAGUUCCCCGUGGGCCGUGUGCACAGGCUGCUGCGCAAAGGCAACUACGCCAAGCGUGUGGGCGCUGGCGCACCAGUGUACCUGGCCGCAGUGCUCGAGUACCUGACUGCUGAGAUCCUGGAGUUGGCCGGCAACGCUGCCCGUGACAACAAGAAGACUCGUAUCAUCCCCCGUCACCUGCAGCUGGCCGUCCGUAACGACGAGGAGCUGAACAAACUGCUUGGUGGCGGUGGUGUGCUGCUCGCUCAGGGUGGUGUGCUGCCCAACAUCCAGGCAGUGCUGCUCCCCAAGAAGACUGAGAAGGCCGUCAAAGCCAAGUAAAAUCYCUACUGCAACUUAACUACUCAACCCCC